UAUCACCAACGUUAACACAGAUGGUGUUUAGUGCAAAAAUUUGGUGUUUUGUGACGUGCGAAGAUUCAUCAAGCACCUCUGGAGGAAGUAUAAAAGCCCGCUGUGAAUCGAUCCAAAGCAUCAUUAGCAAGUUCUAGCUAAAGUAUUCAGUCAAGAUGCGUUUCCUGCUUGUGACUCUCUGCGUAGCCGUGGUGUUCGCACCAGCCCUUGGAAAACCUUUUGGGGACUUUUUUGGAGGAAUUACUGAUACUCUUGGAGGACUUGCUGAUACCGCUGGAGACCUUGUCGAAACUGGCUUAAAUACUGUUACAGAUGUUGCGGAAGGAGUAGUAGACACUGGUAUGGAAGUUGUGGGGGGAGUAACUGAAACUGUUCAAGGCCUUGCUGAUCAGCUUAACGGAGUUCUGUCUGGUAUCACCGAUGCUGCUGGAAACACCCUUCAGGCUGUUACUGAUUCUGCUGGAAAUCUCGUGGUCGAAAUCACCGAUCUUGCUGGAAACACUGUGCAAGUGGUUCUUAAUGUUGUAGAUGGUGUGGUAACUGGUGUUGCUGAUGUUGUGGGAACCGUAACUGAGAGUAUCCAAACGACUCUUGAUCAAUUGUCCUCCACUAUCAGCGGAGCUGCUGAUACUGCCACAGAUGCCGCUGAUACCGCUAUCGAUGCUGCCACCGAUGCCGCUGGUACCGCUACCGAUGUUGCCACCGAUGCCGCUGGCACCGCUACCGAUGUUGCCACCGAUGCCGCUGGCACCGCUAUCGAUGUUGCCACCGAUGCCGCUGGCACCGCUACCGAUGUUGCCACCGAUGGUGCUAAUACCGCUACCGAUGUUCUCACUGAAAGUGGCGUGCCUGCUGAAAAGUAAAGAGUUUCCGAAAAUUAUAACGUUGGAUGAAUGAAAGCAAUGUCAAAAUAAAAUAAUUUUUUGCAAGCAUAA